AUGGAAACCAAGCCAAAUGGCACCACUCACAAGAACACACAAAUACAAGAGAGCAUUUGACCACCCAAGCUUACUGAAAAUGAAGGCCUCAUAUGCAGCAAUUUGCUCUCUUCUAGUGCUGCUACUUAUGGCUGAAGCUCAGGUUUCAGUGGCAGUGACAUGCAGCCCAACAGAGCUGAGCUCCUGUGUGAGUGCCAUCACAUCUAAAACCCCGCCAUCUAAGCUAUGCUGCAGCAAGAUCAAGGAGCAAAAGCCUUGUCUCUGCCAGUAUCUCAAGAACCCAAACCUGAGGAAGUUUGUUAAUACUCCAAAUGCAAGGAAUGUUGCCAGCACUUGUGGCACUCCCUUCCCAAAGUGCUAGAUUAAUUGAUCACUAUAUUUAACCUUUGAAGGUUACUUUCUCUCCAUUUCUCUCUGCUUCAUGCAUCUUGCUGCAGAAUCUUGUGAAAAGAGAAUGUUGGAGAGAAAUUAAGAAAUUUUAUUGUUAUAAUUAUGAGUCUGGUGUGGUGGUGUAUCUUAAAAUGGUAAGUGUAGUAGAGGCAUUAGUGGUAAUGAGAAUGAUUUUCAGUCAUGGUGUCUCAUGUCACUGAUUUCAGUCUUUGGUGUGGUUAUGUUGUAUACUACUAGUUGUUGCCAUGGCAGUAUUUUAUAAUGAAAUUAAUUAUAAGUGUUGUCCUCUGAUA